UCGUUGUGAAGGGUAGAGCUCUUGCGCUUAAAUAAAAAUAUUGAAAUUAUUCGAUCUUUUAAAAAUUCUACCGUAAAAGAGCGUUGUUUCGAGGUGUAUGAUUAACUAUUCUUCUCAAAAUUAUUUCUUGUUAAUUAUUUGUUAAGCUCAUAUCGUUUAUCAUGGAAAAGAAUACGAGUUUAGUGGUUUCGAGCCCCAACGUGAAAUAUACUGAUGAUUAUAUUUAUUCAGAUUAUGUGUAUGAGGAAACUCUGGUGACCAAAACCGGCAAUGAAUACGUGGCCAAGCCAUACCGUAAGUCACUGUGCCUCCGCACUGCGAAGAAAGUGGGCAAAGUGGGUGUCAUGCUCGUCGGAUGGGGCGGUAACAACGGAUCCACCUUCACAGCUGCUGUGCUGGCUAACCGUCAUCAGCUGUCAUGGAACACUAAGAAUGGGACUAUGGACUCAAAUUGGUUUGGAUCCAUCACUCAAGCGUCUACCGUGCGAUUGGGCAUUGAUGAGAAAGGCAGUGACGUCUACGUCCCUAUGUGCCAACUCCUUCCUAUGAUCCAUCCGGAUGAUUUGGUGAUCGACGGGUGGGACAUCAGUCCUCUCAACCUGGCGGAAUCCAUGGUGCGAGCCAAGGUGAUCGACCACGACCUCCAGCAGAAGCUCAAGAAGGAAAUGGCUGCCAUGAAGCCCCGCCCAGCCAUAUAUGACCCGGACUUCAUCGCUGCUAACCAAGCGGAUCGGGCCACCAACCUCAUCCGAGGCACCAAGCACGAGCAGUAUCUCCAACUGAGAGCUGAUAUCAAGGACUUCAGAGACCGGCAGAAGCUGGACAAGGUCAUCGUGCUGUGGACAGCGAACACUGAAAGGUUCUGCGAUGUCCGCGACGGAGUGCAUGACACCAGCGAGAAUCUGGAGAAGGCGCUUCGCAACAACGAUUCCGAAAUAUCGCCUUCUACCAUCUUUGCUAUGGCCGCCAUUGAUGAAGGGUGCGCAUACAUAAACGGCUCGCCGCAAAACACUCUCGUGCCGGGCGUCAUCGAGCGCGCCGAGAAAAAUGGCGUUUGCGUCGCGGGAGACGACUUCAAGUCCGGCCAGACCAAGCUCAAGUCUGUGCUGGUGGACUUCCUGGUCUCUGCUGGUCUAAAACCGGUAUCCAUCGUGAGCUACAACCAUCUAGGAAACAACGACGGCAAGAAUCUCUCUGCUCCCAAGCAGUUCCGGUCAAAAGAGAUAACCAAGAGCAACGUGGUAGACGACAUGGUGGAGUCGAACCAGAUACUGUACAAGCCGGGCGAGAAACCUGACCACGUGGUUGUCAUCAAAUACGUGCCCUAUGUCGGCGACUCAAAGCGUGCGAUGGACGAGUACACCUCCGAGAUCCUUCUCCACGGCACCAACACUAUCGUGGUCCACAACACUUGUGAAGACUCUCUACUGGCUGUGCCGCUUAUCCUGGAUUUAGUGCUGCUUGCUGAUUGGUUGCAGCGCGUUUCUGUGCGCCAGGAGGACUCGCAAGAAUGGACAUCUCUACACACGGUGAUGUCAACGCUCUCAUACCUUUUGAAGGCUCCGAUGGUGCCGCAAGGAGCGCCCGUGGUCAACGCCUUGUUCAAGCAGAAGGCGGCUGUGGAAAACCUGAUGAGGGCCUGUCUUGGGCUGCAGCCUACGCAUCAUCUACAGUUGGAGCACAAGGUGCCAUUUCUGAUGGCCGAGCUGGCGUCGGGCGCAAUGUUCUCCCCGUCCCCGCCGCCCAAGAAACAGAAGCUCGCGCACGAGAAUGGGGACAAGUGAACACGACUAUACCCUGGCACUAUACAUAACCAGGUUUUUAGCACUUACUACUAGGGACAUUUAGACACACAUUUGUAUCCAAUAGAUAGGCCACUGCUGGACAUUUUAUACUCCUCAACACUAAGGUUACAAUAUUCUAGAAAACGUUGGUCUUUUAGGUUUGAAGAGCUCUCGUUUUUUCAACUGACUACUGCCAUAGCUUCUAAAAGGCAUUGGUCCAACGACUACAAGGGUAGGUAUGCUUCUACUCAUACCUUCCAGUAUACAAAAUUAAUUUAAGAUUUUGAGUGCUAUGUAAAUAACAAUAGUAACGGCUGGUUCGUAAACAGACUAGUUUCUUGAGCUCUAAAACAUUGUGCUAGUUUUGGGCGCAUGAGUCCUUAACUGAAAAACAGUCGCGCUUCUCACGCGCGCUACAUUUAAAAAAGAUGUGUACGCGCCGAUAAAAUAAUCUAAAUUUUUAAAUUAUUCACCUAAACAUAAGUACCUAAUGUAUGUCUAAAUGUGCCAUAGAGCAAUAAAUACUUAUUCACCUCCAUGUAGCUCGUCCUUAGUUUAGUGCCAUAGUUUGCACUCAAUGUAUACCCAGUAUUACCCAGUGUUUGCAUAUCCAAAGUGAUUGUAACAAGCAUUAUAGAAUUAUCGUAUUUAUUUACGUCAACUUUAAGUUGAUUUUAUUUUAUUAAUGAAUAAAAUGUGCUUUGUGAAAUUGUCUCUUAAUUUUUCUGAGGCACAAAGAUAGCAGUGUAAAAGUGAUCCUUCUAAAUACCAUAUUUGAUUGUGACGUCACCUGCAAGUUCAUUCCAUAUUUUUUGUGUAAUAAGGAUCAAUUUUGCACUGACUAAACUAUCUUAAGUCCGUCACCGACUAUAGUAGCUACUGCAUAUCGUUGACGGAAUUUUAUAAACAUUGUAAGCACAAUAAUAUCACA